AUGUCUACUCCUACUAAGUCCGCCGGAAAUGGCUCCGGCGAAAAGCUCCAGCUCAACCAGCGCGAGAUCGAGGUCAUAGCCAUGGCAUUCAUAUGCAUCAGCGAGAUCAAAGAGGGCGUGCCCCAGGUGGAUGCUAAGAAGCUCGCCAAGGUCGGCAACUACGCCAGCGCUGACUCGGCUCGCCACAUCUGGAAACCCAUCCAGAAGAAGCUCAUGGCCCAUACCAGCGGUGAAGGAGACGGCUCUUCCUUCAUAGCCACUCCUUCUACCAAAGGCAGGGGUACCCCAAGGAAGCGCAAGGCCGACGGCGAGGCUGGCGGAGGCACUCCCACCAAGAAGCCCCGCGGCAGGAAGGCUUCCAAGGUCGCACUCAAGAAGGAGGACAUCGAAGAGGAGGACAUCGACGAGGAACUGGCCGAUGGCGAGGUUUAG